AUGUCGUCUCUUUCUCCCACCCAAUCCCCGUCCGCCCCGCCAUCCCUCCUCCACUCUAUAGGUGCCAAAGCUAGCGAGCGCCUGCCUCCAGGCCUGGUCUACUUUGUCUCUCAGAAUGUGGGGCUUACCCUCGUCGCCAUUGCCGAGCUGUUCUUCGUCCUCAUGGGCUUGACAGUCAAGUACUUCUUGUCCAACACCGAGAUCUCCACCUUUACCCUCAUCUUUGUGCGCAUGGGAAUCACCUGGAUAUUUUGCGUCAUCUCUCUUUGGCUCGUCAAGCGUGAUCCCAACCCUCUACUAGGACCGCCUGGUAUUCGAUCCAUCCUCGUCUUGCGUGGUCUCUUUGGCUACUUCGGCUUACUGGCGGGAUACCAAGCUCUCCGUGGCCUUACACUCUCCGACUCGCUCGCCAUCCAAUUCCUUGCGCCUAGCUUUACUGCCUUUCUCGGAUUCGUAUUCCUCCACGAGACAUUGUCACGCAAGGAAGUGAUCGCCGGCUGCUUGUGCUUCAUGGGAGCAUUGCUGGUCAGCCGGCCGAGGUUCAUUUUCGGAGAUGUGAGCGAAGAGAAGAGUCAUCAUGGAGGAGGAAGAUUGGAUCUACCGCCCGCCCCGGGAGGCGAGGAAGAUGGGGUGCAGGAGAUUGCAAGGUCGGCUGCUGUUGCGUGGGCUUGCGUGGCUAUCGUCGGUGCUUCCCUCGCUUACACCACCAUUCGAUGGAUCGGUAAGCAAGCCCACGCCCUCCAUUCUAUAUCUUACUUUUCCAUCAUGUGCACCGUUGCCAGUGGCUUCUGGCUCCUGGUCCGACCUGAACCCAUUGCCUGGGUCCACUCCCUUUCCGACCUCUUCUUCAUCCUCACUAUCGGCGUAUUCGGUUUCGCCGCUCAAACUUUCCUCACCCUUGGUCUCCAGCGCGAAAAGGCCGGGCGGGCAGGACUGGCCAUCUAUCUCCAGGUCGUGUUCUCGCUGAUACUCGAAUUUGUCAUCUGGGGUACCAUCCCCAGCCUGUUGUCCGCUCUGGGUACGGGCCUCAUUCUGUGUUCUGCCUUCUGGGCUGCGUUCUCUUCAACACCCAAACGUGAAAACGCCAAACCGACCGACCCCGAAACCCUUCCCUUCUCGCGCGAACCGUCCCCUAUCCCUCCACCCAAUACCACCUUCCCAUCCCGGCCAGGGGCAGAGACUCACUACAGCUACGACUCUACCCCCAACUGGCUCGCGCCGACUCCCCCUAAUGGGCUGGUACGUGCUUCGAGCAACGCGGUAAAUUCUGGCGCUGGGUCUAGAGAGGGAUCAGGAGAUGGGGAAGGAGGAACGUUGGAUAUUCCUGGGAGGCUGAAAGCGGGAUCUAGAACCGGGAGUAAUGGGUCCUUAGGUGGAACGAAAGAGACGAGGGUCAGGAAGCAGUCGGGGACUGGAAGUGAGAGACAAGAGCGGUGA